AAAGAACUCCACUGCAUAGAGAGUGUGAGAGGGAGAAGAAGCGAGAAGGCAGCACGCACAGUCUGUGUUGAUGGGGAUGCCCCUGCAGCGUGUGGCUACAACCACCCAAUCCGGUCCCACCCCUUUAUCGCAUUGUUCUUGACGACCGGAACGGCCGAAACUAUUUGGAUCCUUCCUUUCCUUCCUUCUACCCCGCUCCCCAAGUGGCCAUUUUCUCUGCUUCUACUCUCGAUCACUCUUACACUCUCCCCAUCUAUUCCUGUGCUGUAGUGUAUAUUCCUCCGUGUACCUCUGAAUCAUCCACCCCCUUCUUCUUUUCACAGCUGGGGACGCCAUGUCUUCUGCUUCUUCAAUGGCGUCCAUCUCCAGAUUGGUCCACAAGGAAGGCUGUGGAUCAGCUUUUGGUGUCUCUGCACAUAAACACUCUGGUCUGUCUCUAAGACGAAGCCCAUUUUACGUUGGUACAAGAAGUGGGCUCCGUAUAUCUGCUAAUCUGAAACGUGUUGAUGCUGACAACAAUGGAUGGGGUGCACAUCUCGGUAAAGGCACUCCAUCCUUGCUGCUUCACAGAUCCAGGAGUCAACAAGUUCUGUGCCAAGCAGAAGCCAAUGUUUCUGGAGAUAUCCCGAGAAGCAGCACAGAUGGGAUGAGCCAGUAUGAGAGGAUAAUUGAGUUACUGACAACUUUAUUUCCUCUAUGGGUUAUUUUGGGAACUAUUAUUGGCAUAUACAAGCCAUCUGCGGUGACAUGGCUAGAAACUGAUCUUUUCACUCUUGGGUUAGGUUUUCUCAUGCUAUCUAUGGGGUUGACAUUGACAUUUGAGGACUUCAGACGAUGUAUGCGGAAUCCAUGGACGGUUGGUGUAGGAUUCCUCGCGCAAUACUUGGUGAAGCCUUUAUUGGGCUUUCUGAUUGCCAUGUCUUUGAAGCUAUCUGCUCCUCUUGCAACUGGUCUAAUUCUGGUCUCCUGCUGUCCUGGAGGACAAGCGUCAAAUGUAGCCACCUAUAUAUCGAAAGGAAAUGUUGCACUUUCAGUUCUGAUGACAACUUGCUCAACAAUUGGUGCUAUCAUUAUGACCCCUCUGCUGACAAAACUUCUUGCUGGACAGCUUGUUCCUGUUGAUGCAGCUGGCCUUGCAAUUAGCACAUUUCAAGUUGUUCUUGUGCCUACUAUUGUUGGAGUGUUGUCACAUGAAUAUUUUCCAAAGUUUACGGAGCGUAUAAUCACGGUGACACCAUUAAUAGGGGUUAUUUUGACAACCCUGCUUUGCGCUAGCCCUAUUGGUCAAGUUUCAGAAGUUUUGAAGGCUCAAGGUGGACAGUUGAUACUUCCUGUAGCCCUUCUGCAUGUUGCUGCCUUUGGCCUUGGUUAUUGGCUUUCAAAAUUUUCAUCUUUUGGUGAAUCUACAUGCCGAACGAUUUCUAUUGAGUGCGGGAUGCAGAGCUCAGCACUUGGUUUUUUACUUGCUCAAAAGCACUUCACCAAUCCGCUUGUUGCUGUGCCUUCGGCUGUUAGUGUUGUCUGCAUGGCCCUUGGUGGAAGCGCACUUGCUGUCUUUUGGCGAAACAGGCAAAUUCCAGCUGAUGAUAAGGAUGACUUCAGGGAGUGACCCAUUCAAUUGCACUAUCAUGGAACUAAUGAACUGCGAAGAACAAAUUUGGUUCCUGCUGACAUCAAGCACUCCGAAACCAUUUUUGUUUUAUUUUCUUUGUUUUGAUGUCUACUCUGCUUCAAAGGCCUGUCUUUAGUUUUUCUAUAGGAUUCCUGGAUUUUGUUUCAUUGUCAAGUUGAAUCUUCCAUGUUCAUUUAUAUUAGUAGUUGCAUCUAAUUAAUUAGCUAGACUGUAGAAACAUCAUUCACCUUUCAGUUCCUACCUCCUAUCGGGAACAUUUCAAGUUAUCGAAAGACAUUAUUCUUUUGAGAACAUUGUUAAUAGAAAUCUCUUAGUUCAA